AUGGAAGUGUAGAGACGGUGGUCGUAUGGCUUGGUCGUUGAAUUCUUCUUUGUCUUAUAAAACACCCCAAGGGCGAUGUCGUUCUUCAUUUCUCGUUUUCACUUAUUGGCAUGAAGUUGUUUGCUGCUCUCGUCCACGCCGCCGCCGCCGCGUCCCAAGUCGAGGUAGACAAACUCGCGGUGGUGUUUGACAGCCUCGCGCCCAUCGAUGCCGGGGCCAAGGGCUCCCCCAUCUCCAAAGGCAAAAGCGUGGCGGUUCAAUUCCCCACCUUCCCGGCGUCAGAUUUGGAAUGUUUCGACGCUGCAGUGACCCUUGAAUAUGUCAACUUUACCGUCAACACGCUCAACAUUGCCACCGACGAGUCGCUGUGGUUGCAAGCUGAAUUGUGCCCUUCCGCCAACGGCUUGCCCCACUGCACCAAGUCCGACACCCCCGAGCGCAUCCCCAUCCAAACCUUCGAUGAACAGGUCAAGUUCCAAUGGUACCCACCGCCCAAUUUUGUCCUUGACCCCGCCACCACGUACUGGUUCACGGUGCACUCGAACGGCGAAACCAAGGACAAGUUGCCCAUCUGGUUGGACGGCGCCAAGACGUUCUCGACCGCGAACGACCCUAGGAAGGAGGUGCUAGUCGCGUACACCGAGUCCGAAGGCGGCAAUUGGGGCGUGGCAUUCCCCGUCGAGAACCGCCUUGUGCCGUCGCUCCAAGUAUAUUCUAGCUAAACUACUAACUACUUGCGCAUGUGGAUGCGUGUUGUGUGUCA